ACUGCUUGCGAAGGAAGCCGGUGUAUCAUGGCGACCUACGUGGAGAUUCUGAGCAGCGAGUUUCCCGAAAUCGACAGUGAAGUCUUCGAUUAUAUCACAGGUGUUCUGGACUGCGGAGGGGCUGAUUUCUUGGACGGGGAGGAAGUCUUCGAAGCCGUCGGUGGGGUCCUACAGGGGGUGUCUGCCGACUCCAAAAACGAGGAUGAUGUCCGGGACAUCUGCCAACAGAUGUUCAACACGUUGAAGCUCAAUGACUGUAAUUCAGCCAAGCAGCAAGUGUUGCUGGACGCCCCAGUUCAGCUGUCGGCUCUCAGUUCUGCGAGAGAUUGUGGGACGGCAUCAAAUGACAUUCAAGGCAUUUGGAUGAUCAAGAGAGGUCAGAAUUCAAAGGCGGUAGAUUCAAAGAGACUGGAGAAAGCUGAAGCCAAACUGAAAGCAAAACAUGAGCGGAGGACAGAGAAGGAUUCCCAGAAAGUAACUGCCCCACUGGUCCUGGAAGAAGCUUCGGCCAGUCAAGCCUCCAACAAGAAGGACACUCGCAUCGAGACGUCUGGGAAGAACAAGACAUACGAUAUCCGUAUUGAGAACUUUGAUGUCUCCUAUGGAGAACGCUCUCUGCUGCAAGGGGCGGAGGUGACGCUGUCGUACGGCCGCCGCUUCGGUCUGGUGGGGAGGAAUGGCCUGGGCAAGACCACCCUGCUGAAGAUGAUGGCGAGCCGCAGCCUGCGCGUGCCCACGCACAUCAGCAUCCUGCACGUGGAGCAGGAAGUGGCAGGAGACGAGACGCCGGCCCUGCAGAGCGUGCUGGAGAGCGACAGCGUGAGGGAGGGGCUGCUGAGAGAGGAGAGGGAGCUCAACGCACGCAUCAGCAGCGGACAAGCGGACGGGAUGGAGAGUGUGAAGCUGACAGAGGUCUAUGCCAAGCUCGAAGAGAUUGAAGCUGACAAAGCGCCAGCAAGAGCAUCGGUGAUCCUGGCUGGGUUGGGCUUCUCUGCUAAGAUGCAGCAACAGCCAACCAAGGAGUUCUCUGGAGGCUGGAGAAUGAGGCUGGCAUUAGCCAGAGCACUGUUUGCAAAGCCUGAUCUUCUGUUACUUGAUGAGCCAACAAACAUGUUGGAUAUCAAGGCCAUUCUGUGGCUGGAGAACUACCUGCAGACGUGGCAGUCCACGAUCCUGGUGGUGUCCCACGACCGGAACUUCCUGAACGCAGUGGCGACGGACAUCAUCCACCUGCACUCGCAGAGGCUGGACACGUACCGUGGGGACUACGAGAACUUCGUGAAGACCAAGGAGGACCGGCAGAAGAGCCAGCUGCGCGAGUACGAGGCGCAGAAGCAGUACAGGGACCACAUCCAGGUGUUUAUAGACAGGUUCCGGUACAAUGCAAACCGGGCCGCCCAAGUGCAGAGCAAGCUGAAGCUGCUGGAGAAACUUCCUGAAUUGAAACCCGUGGAAAAGGAAACGGAAGCUGUUUUACGGUUUCCUGAUAACUUUGAGAAGCUCUCCCCCCCGGUACUGCAGCUGGACGAGGUGGAGUUUUAUUACUCCCCGGAUCGGCACAUAUUCAAGAAUCUGUGUGUCUCUGCCGACCUGGAGUCCAGAAUCUGCAUCGUGGGUGAGAAUGGUGCUGGGAAAUCCACGAUGUUGAAGCUGCUCAUGGGAGAGCUGAGUCCGGUCAGUGGAGUACGACAUGGACACAGGAAUCUGAAGAUUGGUUAUUUCAGCCAGCACCACGUUGAUCAGCUCGACCUGAACGUGAACUCAGUGGAGCUACUGUUAAACAAGUUCCCAGGCCGGACCGAGGAGGAGUACAGGCACCAGCUGGGAGGGUACGGGAUCACAGGGGAGCUCGCGGUCCGCCCCGUCGCCAGCCUGUCCGGGGGGCAGAAGAGCAGGGUCGCCUUCGCACAGAUGACCAUGCCAUGCCCCAACUUCUACAUUCUCGAUGAGCCGACGAAUCACCUGGACAUGGAGACAAUCGAGGCCCUGGCGAAGGCACUGAAUAAGUUUAAGGGGGGGGUCGUGCUGGUUUCCCACGACGAACGACUCAUCCGCAUGGUGUGCAAGGAAUUGUGGGUCUGCGAGAACGGGACGGUCCGGAGAAUCGACGGCGGCUUUGACGAUUACCGAGAGAUUCUACAGGAGCAGUUCCGCAAGGAGGGAUAUUUAUAAAAAGCAAACCCGUGAAACACAGGAGGGAGGCUGACUACUCCAGAGCAUACUCAUGUUGUAAUACUGUACCCUUGCCAGUCACGUUCUCCAGGGAUGGGUGCCAGCAGGUGUCUCCUGCUGAGCGUAAGAUCCCACGAGAGCAGUGCAGUUCAUUCGUGGUUUAUGUGGUAGAGGCCUGCCGACAAACUCCAAAGUAGUUUUCUUUUUUUUUUUUUGCAUCCCUGACAUUUAAUACAUGCUAGUUUCCCUCAAGCCACAGUGUGCCCAGAUACAGAGAUGCGAAUUCAGUAGCACUUCCAUCUCUGCAGUCAUGUUACUGCUCUUCUUGUGUCGUGUAAUAUCUUGACCCAGAUCGCAGUAACCUUGUCUGGCCGAGCACCACUGACAUCCGCUCUGGUGCUGCUACUUCUGUUUGGUCACAGUUCUAACCAGUUUUAUGCAAUAAGUAAAGUCCUCUCUCUUUCCAUGGUUGUUGGUAGUAUCUGCCUUCAGAGCUGUCCCAACACCUGCUGUCCUGUACAGUGAAGUCUGACUCGCAGACUGCCCUGCCCCUCCUUAUUCUGAAUCGCUGUGUUUUCAUUAAAGCUGGGGGUCACACUCAAUUCUAGUUUUGCUCUACCAGGCCUUGCCAGUGUAUCAUGCAUGUGCACGGUUGGAGUGCCGAUGUGAUAACACAUUUCAAACAAGGGUUCAUCAUGAUGAGGAUUUAUAAACCUAUACAAUUAUAAAACUGUGUGUCGUCACAAUUAUGACUUUCACUUGUUUCUGGUUUUAUCUUUGAUACUGUAUUACUAAGUUAUAAAUACCAGUUUUAAAGACCCCUGCAAAUAAAUAAUUAACAGA